CCGAGUGUGCUGGCUGGAGGCCUCUCUCCCUGCCUCAGGGGAUCCUGGAGGCCCGCAGGAUGGAGGGGGAGAGUAAGGAGGAGCUGGCAUCUGUGUCCAAUCUGGUGACUGUGUUUGAAAACAGCAGGGUGCCAGGAGCAGUGCCCAGAGCCCAUACUCCGGAGGCUGAGCAUCACCGCCCUCGGUGCAGGUCUCCCCCACCCACAGGACCAUGGGAGAAGCCUGAUGUAGAGGAAGCCCUGGGGUCUGGGCCCAGGACGGUCAGCAGGAGGUACCUGAGCUCCCUGAAGAACAAGCUGUCCAGUGGGGCCUGGAGGAAAUCUUGCCAACCAGACACCUGCCCCGAGCCAGGGACACAGGAACCUGAGAAGAGGAUCGUCCAGGAGCUGCUGGAGACGGAGCAGGCCUACGUGGCCCGCCUCCACCUGCUGGACCAGGUGUUCUUCCAGGAGUUGCUGGCGGAGGCCCGCAGCAGCAAGGCCUUCCCCGAGGACGUGGUCAGGCUCAUCUUCUCCAACAUCUCCUCCAUCUACCAGUUCCACGCGCAGUUCUUCCUCCCAGAGCUACAGAGGCGGCUGGAUGACUGGACAGCCACCCCUCGCAUCGGUGAUGUGAUCCAGAAACUGGCCCCCUUCCUGAAGAUGUACAGUGAGUACAUCAAGAACUUUGAGCGAGCCGUUGAGCUGCUGGCCACCUGGACUGACAAGUCUCCCCUCUUCCAGGAGGUUCUCACUCGAAUUCAGAGCAGCGAGGCCUCGGGCAGCCUGACCCUGCAGCACCACAUGCUGGAACCUGUGCAGAGAAUCCCACGCUAUGAGCUGCUGCUCAAGGAAUACGUCCAGAAGCUGCCAGCCCAGGCCCCGGACCGGGCUGAUGCUCAGAAAGCCCUUGAUUUGAUCUUCUCAGCUGCACAACACUCCAACGCAGCCAUCACGGAGAUGGAGCGGCUGCAGGACCUGUGGGAAGUGUACCAGCGCCUGGGCCUUGAAGAUGACAUCGUGGAUCCUUCCAACACCCUGCUCCGAGAGGGCCCCGUCCUCAAGAUUUCCUUCCGCCGCAGAGACCCCGUGGAGCGAUAUCUUUUCUUGUUCAACAACAUGCUGCUCUACUGUGUGCCCAGGGUCAUCCAGGUGGGCGCCCACUUCCAGGUGAGGAUCCGCAUCGACGUGGCCGGGAUGAAGGUGCGGGAGCUGACUGACGCCGAGUUCCCGCACUCCUUCCUGGUGUCCGGGAAGCAGCGCACCCUGCAGCUGCAAGCCCGGUCCCAGGAGGAAAUGAUUUCCUGGAUGCAGGCCUGCCAAGCAGCCAUUGACCAAAUCGAGAAGCGGAAUGAAACCUUCAAGGCUGCUGUCCAGGGCCCUGAGGGAGCCACCCAGGAGCCAGAGCUGCAGUCGGAGGAGCUGGGCCUGCGGGCACCACAGUGGGUCCGCGACAAGAUGGUGACCAUGUGCAUGCGCUGCCAGGAGCCCUUUAACGCCCUCACACGUCGUCGUCACCACUGCCGGGCCUGCGGCUACGUGGUGUGUGCCAGGUGCUCCGACUACCGGGCUGAACUCAAAUAUGACGACAACAGGCCCAACCGAGUCUGCUUGCACUGCUACACAUUCCUCACCGGAAACGUGCUCCCUGACGACAAGGAGGACAGGAGGCGAGGCAUCCUGGAGAAAGGCUCCACGGCGGGAUCUGAGCGGAGCCUCAUGUGUAGCUUCCUGCAGCUCAUUGGGGACAAAUGGGGCAAGAGCAGCACCCGCGGCUGGUGUGUGAUCCCCCAGGACGACCCUCUCGUGCUCUAUGUCUAUGGUGCCCCUCAGGACAUACGGGCUCACACCUCCAUCCCCCUGCUGGGCUACCAGGUGACCGCUGGGCCCCAGGGGGACCCGAGGGUCUUCCAGCUGCAACAGUCGGGCCAGAUCUACACCUUCAAGGCUGAAACCGAGGAGCUGAGGGGCCGCUGGGUGAGAGCUGUGGAGCGAGCGGCCAGCGGCCGGAGCCCCGGGGAACCCAGUGACGGGGACCUGUCUGACUGAGCCCAGCCGGCCACUCUCCCGCUCAGAGCCUGGCUCCUGCCACGGACUGCCCGUGGCCUCUGUGACCACACCCCAAGCUGAGCUCGAUCGAUUUCCAGUCACCUGUGCCCAGACCGAGUGUCCUGAUUUGG